AUGCCCGAAAGCUCCGACUCCCAGGAAGUGGCAAGUUACACUCCAGAUAUCUUUGAGAUACCCCUGACCAUUUCAACUCAUGUCGCCGCCCUCCUGUGUGGGGUUGGGAUCGGAGGCGACGCUGAGUGGUCUCAUGCCGGUGCUGUCGUUGCUGUCGGUGCUUCUCGUGCUUCUCAUGCUUCUCAUGCUUCUCAUGCUUCUCAUGCUUCUCAUGCUUCUCAUGAUGCUCAUGAGCAUCAUGAUACUAAUGAUACUCACGCCGCGGUUGCUGUUGCUGCUGUUGUUGCUGUUGCUGCUGUUUGGCAGAUUGCGGCUUUCUAG